GCCCGUCCCUUCGCUUGCACAGUAUGGCCGGCGACAUUAGCUAGCGCUCGCUCAACGCUUUUCUCUGUAACAGGGGAACACGCACGGAAUACAAGGAACCGAACCGCCUCGCCUGCACGCUUGCCUCUUCUUCCGCACUUCUUCCCGCCCGAAAGGACCCUUCACACACAGACACACACACAUCUAUAUAAAUAUAGACAUAUAUAUAGAUAUCUAUAUAUAUAUAGAUAUAUAUAUACUAAUAUAGUUUAAUAUAAGGUUGCCAGGCCUGCUUGGGAACGGGCUGAGGAGGAGAAAGAAGCAGCAGCCGCCCGGGAAGGCGCCGCGGCCUCGGUGAGGAGGAGGACGAGGAGGAGGAAGGCGGCAAAGGCAGUCGUGUUGUUAAAAAAAUUUCUGUUUUGGCGGAGUUGUCUCACCAUGAUGGAGGAGAGCGGGGCACACUUCUUCGAAGGCACCGAGAAGCUCCUGGAGGUGUGGUUCGCCUGGCAACAGCAGCCUUCGCCGCAGGAGCCGCACCAGGACAAGGGCUCCGGCGACCUCCGCACCAUUCCCAGGUUUGAAUGGGACAAACUUUUGGAGAAUGUGCAUUGUUUGAUCAUAAGUGUGACAAAAACUGACAAGCAGGAAGCUUAUGUACUCAGUGAGAGUAGCAUGUUUGUCUCCAAGAGACGUUUCAUUUUGAAGACAUGUGGUACCACCCUCUUACUGCAGGCACUGGUUCCCCUGUUAGAGCUUGCUAGAGUGUAUUGUGGGUUUGACUCAAUUCAGAGCUUCUUUUAUUCACGUAAGAAUUUUAUGAAGCCUUCCCAUCAAGAGUACCCACACAGGAAUUUCCAGGAAGAAGUAGAGUUUCUUAAUGAAAUAUUUCCAAAUGGAGCAGCUUAUUGCAUGGGCCGUAUGAAUUCUGACUGCUGGUACUUGUACACUCUAGAUUUUCCAGAGAGUCGGGUUAUCAGUCAGCCAGAUCAAACACUGGAAAUUCUGAUGAGCGAGCUUGAUCCAGAAGUUAUGGACCAGUUCUACAUGAAAGAUGGUGUUACUGCAAAUGAUGUCACUCGUGUGAGUGGAAUUCGUGACCUGAUACCAGGUUCUGUCAUUGAUGCUACAAUGUUCAAUCCUUGUGGGUAUUCAAUGAAUGGGAUGAAAACAGAUGGAACUUAUUGGACUAUUCACAUCACUCCAGAACCAGAAUUCUCGUACGUUAGUUUUGAAACAAACAUAAGCCAGACUUCCUAUGAUGACCUAAUUAGGAAGGUCAUUGAUAUUUUUAAACCAGGAAAAUUCGUGACAACCCUCUUCGUCAAUCAGAGCUCAAAAUGUCGCACAGUGUUUACUUCAGCCCAGAAGAUUGAAGGUUUCAAGCGUCUAGAUCGCCAGAUUGCUCAGUUUAAUGACUACAACUUCGUUUUCACCAGUUUUGCCAAGAAUAAACAGCAGAGUUGAUUAAGAAAAAUGAAGAAAAAGCGCAAAAAGAUACCCAGUAGAAGAGGUGGUGGUUGCUUUCUAGUUAAUGAUACAAGGGGCCAUAUUUUUCAUAUCCACCUCGUAGUUGCAAAAAGCCCUAGAUGUAAUCAUAGUAUAAUUUUCAAUUGUAUGCAUUAUUAUAUCAAAAAAUUAGAUAUAUUGCAUGAACGCUCUCUUCUGUGUUUAGGUAUUCUAUUUCACUCUUGCUGUGAAAUUGAAAUGCAUGUAGAAAAAUUUUACUGUAUGAGACUCUACAACAUUUGUAAAAACAAUUCAAAUAGGAUUACAUGCAGUAUAGUUUUUCUCCAAGUAUCACCAAAAAUUCCCCACAGACAAGGAUUUCGUCCUCAUUAACAUUUCCCUUGGACCUACUUCGCUAAAACAAUUGUUGCCUAACUUUUUCAUGUGUGCUGUAACUUAAUUUUUAAAUCAAUUCUUGGAUUUCAUUUAUUUCUAAUUGACAUUUAUUCUUUCUCCUCUUGGCACGUUCAAUUUGCAGUUGAAACUGGUAGAACAAGACUACUUAACAACAUGGGGUACUUCAAUUUUUAAAAUGUGAGAUUAGUCACAUUAGGUUUUGUUUUGUUUUUUUACUUUAGAUCUAUAUACAUUUCCAGAACUAAUGGAAGGACAUUAUGUUUGGGGGGUUAGUACACUAGAUUUUCACCUCUAGGAACUUACUUGCUCAUUUGUCACAGUUAAUUUUUCAGGUCUGCUAAACUGGGGUGAAAACCUUUCUGUUUAAUGUUGGUCUUUUGUUCAAAGGCGACCCAUAGCAACUGUGGAAGCUGUUGAACUUCUGAAUGCACUGACACAAUUGUGGCAGUAUGGACUAAGCUGGUUCUAGGCCUUUCACAAAAUGUGACUCAAAACUACUGCACAAAUUAGUUGCCGUUUUCUAAACUGUGAAAUAUGCUGGCUCAAGUGCUACUUCGUAUUAAUUCAAACACCACAGGCCCUUCCACGCUAUGACAUCAUUAUGCAUGUAAUAUUUAAGCUGAAUUAACAAUGUAGUAAUUUCAUCUGUGUUUCCUCCUGAUUAAUGUGUGGUUCCUUUUUACAUGAUGUGGAAGGCUCUGAAUGAUUUGGCUCUCAACAAAUCUAAUAUGGGUUGUCUAGACACAGUGAAGUACACCACUAAAUGUAGGAAUUGAUAACAGUUUAUGCUUGGAAAUCACUUCAUGGGUAUUACAAUACAAGCUUCUGAAAGACAAGUGUAUUCAAGUGUCAUUUGAAACACUCUGGGAUUUCAACUGUUGAGACCAGCAAGUCUAUUACAAAUUUGAUACACUAGUCCUUGCUAUGUUUCGGUUCUCUGAAUAUAACUAUUUUGUUCCUUCUGUAUUUAUAAAUGGAACACUUUUUUAGUGUUCCUAGGCUACUGAAUUGCUUGGUUGGGAAUCAAGCAGUUGGAACAUCUUCACUUUUUAAAUUUUUAAAUAGAUUUUUCUACCAGAAUUAUCAGUUUUGCUUCUGAGUAGCAUCUAACGUUUUGAGGUGCUUUAAACUUUAAAGGACCAAUUUUUCAAAUGCUUUUUGUUCUUAAAGAGUGCCAAAGAGAAUGGCACUUCUUGUUGGCUUGAGGUCUGCUAGACUGAAGAUCCCUCUGAAUAAUAUAAAAAUGCAGAGUUGGGUAAAAAUAAGCCUUGAAUAGAAAGGAAGCGGUUGAAUGGGUAUUUAUCAACACAAGGGUGAACAAAAGAGGGGGGGUGAUGUUUGGUGUUUAAAAUUUCUCUCUGUGGUGUUAGACAUGGGUCAUUAAAAUGUACAAAAAUAUACCUGUACCAGAAAUUAUAAUGCUUCAAUAAAAGUUUGCUUUGUAA